UCCUUGGAGAAAUAUUUUCUCCUCUUUUAGAUCUCAAGUUGGUAUCAGAGCGGGUUCAUCCUGCUCUGGUUUCCGUGUGUUGUCCACCAGCACUGUCACUGCUGGUCGCACCUAUCCAGUGCCGUUUGUAGUUGUCUGCGACUGUCUCGCCACUAUCUGCAGCUGUCAACUACAGUUUCAAGUUCUUCAACUUGGUUGUCAGCCAUCCUGGUAUUUGUCAACUACCGUCUGCCGCCGUCCACCGCUGUCUGCCGCCGUCCGCCGCCGUCCGCCGCCGGCCACCGUCACCGCUCCGUCCGACGACCACUGGAUCUGGUUCGCCUCUUCACGCGACAGCCAACCCCACCGGUGGGUUCGCCUGAUUCUCCUCCACGCUCCGUCACGCGCCGCCUCUUUGCGCGCUGCGAACAGGCGCGUGCUGCCCACGCGCCGCCUUCUGCUCACCGGAAAGUCUCCGCGCCACCUCCAUAGCUGUCGCCCUCAUCUCCUCUGUCCUUUCUGACCCUCAAAAUCUUACUUUGGUGGGUCCAGAAGCUUCCCUUUAAGAAAACCUUAAGAAACCCUAUAGGGUUUUCUGGUCCUUCACGGUUUUUCUGAUUCCCUCUCCUGUUUAAAUCGAAGAAUGGCAACUGGAAGUGUUCUUUCUUUCUCUUGAAGUCCCUCAAUCACUUCCGAAAAGCUAAAUGGAAAGAAUUAUAUGUCUUGGUCUGCUGCUGUAGAAAUGUGGUUCCUUGGUCAAGGACGUUAUGACCACCUUGAGCAGGAUGGGAGUCAAGUACCAUCUGACAUGGCUGAACAAUGGAAACAAGCUGAUUUUCAAUUAUGUGCCCUAUUGUGGCAAUCUGUGGAACCCCGACUUUUGAUAUCUCUUAGAGCCUUCAAGACAUGUCACACCUUUUGGAAGAAAGCUCAAAGCAUUUAUGCUAAUGAUAUUCAACGUCUCUAUGAUACCGCAAACAAGCUCGCCUGUCUCAAAAUGACAGACCAUGAUAUGGUCUCCUUCAUGACUGAAGCCCAAGCAGCUGUGGAAGAAUUGAGAAUGUUCUUGGAAUCUUCAGAAGAUAUCAAAAAGAAACUUGACCAGUAUUAUAUGGUGAUGAUCCUCCGUACUUUGCAUCCAGAUUUGAAUCACAUCAGAGAUCAACUUCUGACAAGUCAUGAAGUCCCUUCCUUGGAAGCCUUGACCACACGUCUUCUUCGUGUUCCUGUGUCUCAGUCUCAGGAAGCUCAUGAAACAAUAGAACCAUCUGUCAUGGUUGCCACGCGAGGAAGAGGAGGGCGUGGAACUAGAGGAGGAGGACGUGGAGGUCGAGGACGUCAAUGCUCUUACUGUAACAGGAUGGGUCACACUCGAGAAAACUGCUACUCCUUGCAUGGCUUUCCUUCAAAAAGCGCUAAUAUCUCUCAGGCUGAAACUUCCACUUCCAACUCCAAGUUUACCGAGGAAGAGUAUCAAGAGUAUCUACGCUUAAAGUCUAACAGCUUGGCACAAUCAUCUCAGUCCUCAAGUACGUCCACAACUUGCAUUUCUCAAUCCAUGGCAGGUCUAAAUUCAUGGGUAAUUGAUUCGGGUGCUUCUGAUCACAUUUCUGGAGCGUGGCUCGGGGAGACAAAUUGGAGAAGGAUAUGAAGCUGGAGGUUUAUACCAUUUUGGAUUUCGUCCACAGGUAUCUUGUGUUGCCGCUCUUCCUCCUAAAGUGUUACAUGAUCGGUUUGGCCAUCCUAACUUGUCAAAAUUAAAAAAGAUGUGUCUUGAACUUAGUGGUCUUCAGACUUUAGAAUGUGAGUCCUGUCAACUAGGAAAACAUGUUAGAUCUGUCUUCCCUAAAAGAUCUCAAUCAAUGUGUACUUCUAGUUUUUCUAUUAUUCAUUCUGAUGUUUAGGGACCUAGUCGCGUCUCUUCUUUUGGUUUUCGGUAUUUUGUUACCUUUAUUGAUGAGUAUUCUAGAUGUACUUGGGUUUAUCUGAUGAAAGAUCGCUCUGAAUUGUUACCCAUUUUCACAUCCUUUUUGAAUGAAAUCAAAAAUCAAUUUGGCC